GUCAAAUAUAGGCGUUCGCCCCACCGUUCCCUGUCAUGUGCAGAAGGUUUUUUUUUUUAAUUAUUUUUCCCGGCAGCUGACAUGGUUGUUAACUCCCCACCAUAAACAAUGAUUAUAUCUCUUUUUAAAAAGGAAAUUUAACGAAUAAAGUAUAUGUGCAACCAGUGCAGUCUCCUGUGGUGCUACUGGACCAUUUCGGCGCCGCGGGAAAGACAUGGCAGUCGCUUUUUCCUAUUUUAAUGAUCCUGUGAUUGACAGGUAAAAGCCAUCGCUGCCCGCAGUGCUGGUAAGUAUCAAACGGCACUAAUGAAGUGCCGGCCACACAUCAAAACGACCUCGAUCGUCCGUCACCGACUUCAGUAUUGAAACGACAGCAAUUGGGCAACAACCCUCACCAGAAACAAAAAAUCAUUUCAACAUUUUAAUAACUCAAAUAAUAAUCAUAUAUCAUGUUCUGGUACGUUUUGAUCAUUCUCUUGGGUGCCGGUUCGUCUCGGGAAACUCUUGCCAGCAAAACCAAUUUGAUGAGUGGCUCUUGUGAAACUCUUCCAUCGACGAUUCACAUCACCAAAGAGGAGUACACCGACGGUGGGAUCCUGUCGAGGACUUGUGAAGGCGAUGUUGGUGUCGCUAAAUGUGAAGGAUCGUGUUCAUCUCAAGUCCAGCCAUCGGUUGUUCAUCCUUCCGGAUUUCUCAAGGAAUGCAUGUGCUGCCGUGAAUCGUUCCUUAGGGAACGAGUUGUGACGCUGACCCAUUGCUACGACGCUAACGGAAAUCGAUUGACCGGAAAGAGCUCUUCCUUGGAUGUCAAAAUGCGCGAACCCGCCGAUUGCAAAUGUUUCCGAUGCGGCGAUUCCGCUGAAUAAACACACACGUCAGAUGCCUGACGUCUGUCGUUUGGUUUUUUUUAUUGUACUCAUAAUAUCAUCAAUCCAAUGAAGUCUGUGUAAAAUUGAUUGUGAGUGUAUUGAAAAAUUGCUAACGAUUCCAACACAUCGAUACACGUCUCUUAAAAUAGCA